AUGGGGCGUCAGCGCCAACCAGGCCACCGGCAGCGCGGUGCUGGCACCGUGAGCGUGUCGAAGGGGGACACCAUGCGCCAGGGCGUGCUAUGCAAAGAGUGGCAGCGCACUCCCAUGCAGCUGCUUCUCGAGUUCUGUCAGUCCAAGAAGCGCCGCAACGCCUUCUACGCGCGAGCCCGGAGCAAAGACUCAGCCAAGUUCCGCAUGCGCUGCGUUCUACCGGACGACAAGGACAAUAGCAAAGACCUGAGCUUCUGCCCUGAGCAAGAGUUCGAGACGCAGGAGGAGGCUAAGCACUGCGCCGCGUUGCUGGCGCUUAAGCACGUCGAACCACUGCGGCCACACGAGAGGAAGCUACCGGACCCGUACCGAGACUUGUGGCUAGCAUUAGGCUCUCAGGAUAGUCCUGCAGAUAAAGGGUCAGGUCCGAAGACAAAGAAAGGUAGGAUCAGGGCUCAAAAGGAGGAGAAAGAGACUAAAACUGAGUCUAAAGACGAGAAGACCAUCGAUUUUUGGGGCGGAGAUGUCGAAGAGGAGGUUGUGGAGAAGACAAAUGGGAAGCUGAUGACUUUGACGAUGGACAGGAAGUUUGCGUCUCAUAAAGAGUUUGAAUCAGCGAAACUUGCACGCACUCAGGAGAGGAACAAGAAGCAACGAUCGAGGGAGAACAGGGAGAGAGCCAAUCUGCCCAAGCAGGUCAUGAUGAGUGCGCAGUGUAGAGAACUCAUUGAAGCAAUUCUGAGGCGACUAGGGGAGACGCAGAAGGAGAACAACAAGGGAACACUUGGACUGGACGAAGACAACGACUUGGAGCUGAAAGAACUGGAAGAAGAAGAAGAGUUCCGGAAGAAGGCGACCCAGAGACUUAAAGCGAUCGGAUUUACCCCAGCGCAGACCAACGGAGCGUUGCAGAACUUCCCACGCGGCUUCACGGUGGGCGAUGAGAAUGCUGACGAUGCGCGUAUGACUGCGAUCUUUGACUGGCUGUGUUUGAACAUCCCUGAAGGAGACUUGCCGAAGAAAUUCAAUCCGGAAGGCACGCAACUCGAUGUGGUACUCAGCGCUUCGUCUGAAGAGCAGUCACCUCGUACGACUGUUCUUGUGCAGCGUCUGAUGAAGUUUGGCUACGAUCGUCACGACGCUGCGGCGGUGGCGACUGAGUUUGUACAGGAGCAUUCUGAUAUGAGUGACGAAGAACUGAAGAUUCCUUCGAUGGCUACACUGUUCGCUCUCGUGGACAAGCUCUUCCCACAUGUCAAAAGACAUUUCGGUUUGGACGAGAUCGACGGAGCUGUCGAGGCUUCUGACGAGCUGUUCGACCAACGACAAGACGAGAUUUUCGCCUUGGAGGCUAUUUAUGACGAGAAGUUCAAAGCCUCGGCACUGGAAGACGCUCAGCUGCUUGAAUUUGAGGUGACCGACGCGCUCCGCCUGCAUGUUUAUCUGCCUAGUACGUCCAAAUAUCCGUACGAACUGCCGCUUCUGGCGUUAACAUCGACGGAGGCCCAACACCAGCCUCAUCUCCUUGCGGCGUGUGGAGAAGCACUCAAGAGCUGCAUUUAUUCCAGAGGUGAGCCGAUGCUGUACGACAUCUACGUCGCGAUUGAUACCUACUUGCAAGACAAGAAGCGGUUGGCUAGCAGUCCACCCAGACUUCAACUAUUAAAGAAGCCGUCGGUUGUAAAGGAGGUUGCAGCAAAACCUGCUCGAAUCUCCACUAAAGCGACAUCAAGCAAGUUUAAAAAUCGGAAAAAGAAGGGCGGCACUGCUGGAAAUUACAACAAAACCCAGACGAAGCGCGUAGACGUGGAAGCUGUUCGCCGUGCGAGUGAGAAGCUGCUCCAGUCGAGGAGAGCGAAGGACAGUCAACAGAACUUCCAGCAGAUGCUCGCUGCUCGUGCAAAACUUCCUGCUGGCAAGGAAGAGACCCAGGUGAUCAAGUGUGUGCAGAACAACCAAGUUGUUCUCGUCUGUGGCGCCACAGGUUGCGGAAAGACGACGCAGAUCCCGCAGUUUAUCCUGGAUGAGUACAUCAACCGUGGGGCUGGCGGAGAGUGCAACAUCAUCUGUACUCAGCCACGACGUAUUGCCGCUAUAGGUGUAGCCACUCGUGUGGCACAAGAACGAUGCGAAGAGAUCGCUGACGUGGUGGGGUAUCAGAUCCGUAUGGACGCCAAGAAGUCGUCAAACACGCGACUUUUAUUCUGCACGACUGGUGUCCUGCUUCGACGCUUGCUCAAUGAUCGACAGCUGUCAGGAGUCUCACAUGUGAUUGUUGAUGAGGUUCACGAGCGCAAUGUGGACACGGAUUUCCUGCUGUCGAUUCUCCGUGACUUGCUACCUCAACGUCGAGACCUUCGCGUGAUUUUGAUGAGUGCUACGAUGAAUUCCGAGCUGUUUGUCAAGUAUUUCUCAUCGAUUCCAAGCACGCCGUGUCCUGUGCUGGACAUCCCUGGCUUUACCUAUCCGGUCGAGUGUAACUUUCUGGAAGAAGUUCUGGACCAGUCUCGCUACGAAGUGCCCAAGUAUUUGCUGAAGGAGAAGAAGAACAAGAAACAGGAUGGAAAAGACGAAGAGGAGAAGCAGAAACCACUGUCCGAGAUGACGUCAGAGGAGAUUGCAGCGCGUGUUGAUGAUUCCAAGAUCGACUACGACCUUAUCCUGCAUCUGGUGCGUCAUCUCGUUCUAAACAAGUCGCAGAGCAGUGGAGCGAUCCUCGUUUUCCUACCUGGCACUGCUGAAAUAAAGCGUCUGAUAGAGAUGUUGACACAUGGCAAUGGUGGGCUCUCAUCCAAAGUCUGGGCUCUGCCUCUGCAUGGCUCCCUCUCGGGAGCUGAUCAGGCGAUGGUCUUCAAGUCUGCGCCUUCAGGGAAGACCAAGGUCAUUGUCAGCACAAACAUCGCCGAAACAUCUAUCACUAUCAACGACAUUACGGCUGUGAUCGAUUCUGGAAAGGUGAAGGAAAUGGUGUACGACAACCGAGCUCGACGCUCUCAGUUAUUGGACUGCUGGGCUUCUCGUGCUGCCUGUGACCAGCGAAAGGGUCGAGCUGGACGUGUGCAGGCCGGAACAUGCUAUCGAUUGUUUUCUCGCAAGCGGUUCGCUGCCAUGGACGCGCAAUUGUCUGCUGAGAUCCAUCGUGUGUCUCUGGAACAACUGUGUCUACAGAUUAAGAAACUGGAACUUGGCUCGAUCAAGGGGUUCCUGUCCAAAGCGAUCGAGCCGCCUAAGGAAGAUGCCAUCGAUGCUGCUGUCCAAGAACUGGUCGAUAUCGCAGCGCUCCGAACCGUAGGCGAGUCGCCAAAGAACAAGCUUCGUGGCAACAAUGACGAAGAAGUGAUCUUGACGCCGCUGGGUAACCAUUUGGCUAUGUUGCCGCUGGAUGCUCGCAUUGGCAAGUUCCUGGUGUACGGAUCCAUUCUACGCUGCAUCGAACCUGUCGCUAUCAUCGCUGCCUGUAUUUCUAGUCGGAACCCGUUCUUGAUGAGCAUGUCGGACCCGGAGCUGCGUGCUAAACAGGAUGCACUCAAGAAAGAACUGGGUGGCAGCUGGAAGAGCGACCACUUACUGCUGUGGAAGUUAGUCGAGCGGUAUUCGCCUCUGCGUGGACAGAAGUCGAAGCGUGGAUUCUGUCGUGACAUCGGUCUCUCGUACGACACGAUGGAGUCGAUCUUGGACUUGAAGCAACAGUACUUGCAGCAAUUGGACAAUAUUGGUUUCUACGAAUCAUCAAGCGCUGAUCACCUUAAUGAGAACUCGAAGGCGCCUCGUAUCAUCAAGGCUGCACUUUGUGCUGGUCUGUACGCGAAUGUGGCGCAAGUGGUGUACCCAGAGCAAAAGUACUUCCAAGCUGCACACGGUGUAGUGGAGGAAGAUCACAACGCCAAGCAGAUCCGAUACUUCGUACGCUCUGCAAGUGAAGCUGGUCAGCGCGAGCGUGUGUUUCUGCACCCGUCGUCGUGUAACUUUUCCCAGAACAACUACGAUUCGCCGUGGCUGCUGUACACGGAAUUAGUGCAGACCUCCAAGAUUUUUGUACGUGAGAGUACUAUGGUGAAUCCGUAUGCGCUCUUGCUGUUUGGAGGCCACCUAGAAGUCAUCCACGAGAAGAAUUUACUUACACUUGACGGCUAUAUACGAUUCAACGCUGUGGCUCGUAUCGGCGUGCUGAUCAAGUCGAUCCGCCAGCAUUUGGAUCGUCUGUUGAUGCAGAAAAUUGCGGACCCAAGUGUUGAUAUCGCGCAGAGUGAGUUGGUGACUGCUAUCAGUCAGCUGCUUAAAAGCGAAGGCAUGUACACCGAUGCGUAG